AUGGCGGAAGAACCGACGAAUGAUUCGCGGACUUCUGUUGUAGGCAGGAAGCGCGAUCUCCAGGAUGCUUCCCAAUACCGAGAACCCCCCAACAUGGACGACUCUUCGGACGAAGACUCGUAUGGGAGAUCUUUCAAACGCGUCAAACAGGCUCGUAAUUCCGAUAAUGUCACAAAGAUGGACGAUUCACUAGCCACUGGGGGUACCUCACCUUUGCCUGUCGAUGUGUCUAGCUAUGGCGAGGCCUCUAAAUUCCACGGGCACAGGGAAGAGUCUCUGCACACUCCGAAUAUCGGCGCAGAAAUACUCUCUGUACACCCAAAGACUAUUGAAACUGCAGGGAAGUCAUUAGAAGUGCCAUCUCAUGAUCCAGCCGGGGUUGCUACGGCCCCUGCAGCCAAGAACGGCCUGGCUUCUACGCACAGUAUCGAUAUAAUAGAGCUUCCUGCCGCUCCUGCUGGCAAGGAAUCUAUGCUUGCCCCUGCCGUUGAACAGGCGGUACCCUCGUCAGCGUUUCCAGCUGAUACCCUGGGAGCUACUGUGUCUGGCUGGAAUAAGGGUGUGCAAAGUGGGCUGCGUACAUCAUUUGGGAGUCGACCACUUUCGGCACAGGCAAAUGUUAGGGUGGAGGAUCCCGGCUUAAGUGACGGCGGUCCCCAACGUGGCGAAGACAACAAGCAAGUCUCGAGGGACGCAUCUCGGAGCUCUUCAGGUACCGAUGAUCAAGAACACCCCAUGUUCACAUUUGGGGGCAGUUCCUCAUCACAAGCUCCUGGGCCGAAACCCAAAGCCAAAUUCCAACCACUGUCAAAAGCGGCAAUAAAGAAGCUUCAACCUGACCAAAGGGAGGCUUAUACUAAAGCUAAGGCCGCCGACAAGGCGCAAAGAAAGGAAGAUGCGUUUCAGAGCAAGACAGCUGAGGCUGAACUGGCUAUUGCACAAGAAGGGAGAUGGCCCUUACCAGAACAAUACGGUGGCAUCUCUAAGUUGGUAAGGGGCGGGGAAACCUACUAUGCUCAACUUGACAGAGAGUAUAAACCCUUCAAGCCUCAUUCUAUAACCUUUGAUACACUAUGUAUUUUCGAUGACAAAGGCAUGCCAAUCAAGGCCCAGAAUUUCUCUUUCAACCUCUUCGCUCCGGCGUUCUUGAAAACCAAUUCGGAAAGGUUACGCAGUUUGAAGCUCAAGGACCUACGCUUAGCUUUUUAUCACUACUGCAAUCUUUGGUAUUGUCAUGUCGGACGUCAUCUACAACCUUUGCUAGCCACAGCCAAAGCCCAUGGUGCUUUCACUUUCGAGCAAGCAAUGCAACAUGCUGGCUUAUCUUCCAUGCGGACGAAUACUCAACAAAUACCUACUCGAGAUGGCCUUGUUCAAGCCCCUAGCAAAUCAUCAAAGCAGGUAGGGAAGGGGCAAGACCAUGCAUCCCUUGCCCGUCCCGUAGAUACUUUCCAUGGUGACAUUGAAUCUCAGAUUGAUGAGUCAGGGCUCAGUAAUCGCGUUAAUAGCGAUAGGCAGCACGCCAAUCCUUCCAACCAACCGGACUUGUCCACGGCCGAAAUCCAGGAUAGCGACACCCCAAUGGUGAGCGGAGUGGCUUUAACAUCUGGCCACGAUGCCGAAGUCACGGAGUUCAUAACUCCUGAGUUGGAGCUGGACCGGGAGCUUCAACUGAAGUAUUUUCCAUCAGUGAGCACCGAAUUGGCAAUUUUACGAUGUCUUGCUUGCGGCGAUGCUGGCCACGGAAUACAGGCAUGCCCCGCUCUCUUCUGCACGCUAUGUGGUGAGAAUGGCAGACAUUCCAACUUCACUUGUCCUAGUAAGCAGCGUUGUGGCAAGUGCCGCCAACGCGGGCACUACACCCUGAUGUGUCCCGAAAAACUUUUUGCUACUGGAGCUGAAGCGGGUGGCUGCGAUAUCUGUGGCUCGACAAAUCACUCAGAGUGUGCCUGUCAUUUUAUCUGGCGCAGCUUUGCACCUCAACUAGAGGAAAUCCACACAGUCUGCAACAUUCCCGUUUAUUGCUAUACAUGUGGCGCAAACGGUCAUUAUGGCCCGGAGUGUGGGUUGCACACACGCUCUUUACUUUCUGGAGGCUAUACGUGGUCGAAAUCAAACCUUAAGAAAUAUAUAGAUCCUGCCAGUCAAGAUCGAGCACUUUCUGCCGCCGUUGAUUACUCGAUCCCAAAACCAAAGGAGUUUAGCAUUAAGGGUAAAGGCAGGGCCAACGAUCCGUUUACGAUUGAGGAGAGCGAUGAUGAAAAUGACUUCAUCCGCCCCAAGAUCGAGAAGCCGGGACCGCGGGGGCACAUCCAUUUCGCGGAGCGCCCCGGAGCUGGAAAUUCAGUCUUGGACAAUGCUCCGAAUGGCCCACGUGCCCGGUCAAGUUAUCAACAGGAUAACUUGUCAUACAAUGUGGCAAUGGACAGCGCUGCUUCUAGUAAUUACCCUCCGCCAAACGGCUAUACCCCGAAUAUCCCUGCUGCUGAAGGUUAUCGAGAAGCCUCUGGUCAGUUUCGAUUCAACGGUAACCAACGGGACCUGGGUGGCAGCAAUGGUAACGGUAAACAUGGUGGUGCUAAGAAGAGGAAGAUGCGGAACCAGGGAGGAAACCAGGCUGGCCACGCUCCAAACAAUCCGAACCAAGCUCUACCCACGAAACCCAAGAAGAAAUCAGGCGCCAAGAAUCGGGAGAAAGCGGCCAAGAACACACGAUAG